AGCUCCUCUAUCUUUUGUCGGGACGCUUGGUAUUCUCGCCUUUAUUCAAUUUCCUUGUGGAUAUGAUUUAUAACGGCGAUGCGCGAUUUUAACAGGACUUUAUCUUAGAAACUUAAGUUGUUUUAAGAAGGAUAAAAACAUUCAGAGUUUUUUGAGGUUUUACUAAAAUUAUGAAGCAGAUCUAAAAGCGUUCAGGCGAACCAACUCUCAGUAACGACUGCGAGAAUAUUCGUGCUUUAGGAACUACAUUUAAUAAAGUGCUAAAUUUAUGUUAAAUAGUAGCAUAUAUUUACAUACUAAAAAAAUGGCUAUUAUUCAAGAAACUCUAAUUGUUUAGUGGCUUAUCGCAGAUACUAAGUCAAUCGUAAGUGAAAAGUGUAACUUGUGGAUACCAAAAAUAAUAUUAAUUAAGUGCAUUGUAAUUUUUUUAAGUGCUUCCUAUUUUUUUUUAAUUAAGUGAGAGAAAAAUGGACUGUGCGAACAAAAAUCUACAUUAAAUAAGCUAAAAGUCAGGGUUGAAUUCCACGCUUAAUUAAGAAAUAAGGGAGCAGAGGAACCAUGGGCUGUGAAUUGGGAAAAUUGGCGAGUCGAGACAACCGGAACGGGAGUAGAAAAUUGGAGGAGCCCCCUGCCCCCCAGCAGCAAGUCGACCCCAGGUUACCCUUAACUGCGAAACAGAAGUAUAGCAUGAUGGCAUCAUGGAAAGGAAUUAGCCGUGCGAUGGAAAGCACUGGAGUUUGCAUGUUUUUAAAAUUAUUUGAAGAACAUGGAGAACUUCUUCUUAUGUUCGAAAAAUUUAAAACUUUAAAAUCUAAAGAGGAACAGGCGAACAGUUUAGAGCUUGCAGAGCACGCCACGACAGUGAUGAGUACUUUAGAUGAAGGUAUUAAAGGGUUAGAUGACUUAGAUACAUUUUUCGAGUACCUUCACCAGGUUGGAGCGAGUCAUAGAAGAAUACCUGGAUUCAAACCGGAAUACUUUUGGAGAAUUGAAAAGCCCUUCUUGGAAGCAGUGGAGACGACGUUAGGGGAUCGCUAUACUUCCAACGUAGAAAACAUCUACAAAAUAACAAUAAAGUUUAUAAUAGAAACUCUAAUAAAAGGAUUUGAUAACGCUAACUCAACAACCUGAAGCAGACCAGUCAGACUAAGACUGAAGAAAAGACAUAAAAAGACAGCAUGCAAGAUAUGGAUUCAUGAUAUGGAGGAACACAUUUUAAAAAGUUUUAUAUUUUAUAACAUUUUUGUUUAUGAGAUUACCAAUAUUUUUAGUCACCUAUGUGUUCAGAAACUGAUUAAAAUGUAGGUAAUACUGGUUAAAUACAAAAUUCCAUAAUUAUAGAUAAUUAAAUUAUGUGUGUAAAAUAUGUAUCAUUAUCUUUUAUAGUAAAAUGUAAAAUGUAAUCCAUGAUGUAUAAAUCAUAAUUAUUUUAUUAGUAAGUAGUUGCAGCUUUUAAUAUUGAUUUUAAAUUAAGAACAGUUAGGUAAAAGUAAAUUGAGAGAAAGAUAUUUUUCAUGUUAAAGGGUUAUAGUUUUAUGAAGAUUUUUAUAAUGUAAUCUGUUUUGAGUCA